UAUUAGGAGAAUCUUCAUCAUCUAAUUAACCCAGCUUUCUUUCUGAUGGCAAAGGUGCAUCCGCAGCUGGCUUCUUCUUCUUCUCCUCCUCCUCCUCCUUCACCCUACGCGUCAAGAAGAGAAACUUUUACCAUCUGGAUGAAAUCACUGGUACUACACGGUAAUGGCUGCACUGCCUUUGAUGCAAAAGGAGAUGUUGUUUAUCGGAUUGAUAACUACAAUAAGAAGGGUGGCAACCAAGUUUAUCUCAUGGAUCUCAGAGGCGAAGUCCUCUUCGUUAUACAUCGGAAGAAACCGGGAGUGCUUGGAUGUUGGGAGGGUUACAGAAGCAAUGGCUCCGAAGAGAGUAUGGAGAAGCCAUGCUUUAAAGUCAGAAAAGUUUGCAGGAUUCUGAAUGCAAAGGCAACCUAUAGAGUUACCGUGGGAUGUGAUAGAGCUCAACCAGAUUACUACAAGAUAGAAGGAGGAUUGAGGACUGACAAAUCAGCUUACAAGAUAGUAGAUGAGUUAGGGGGAGUUGUAGCCGAGGUAAAGCGAAAGCAAUCAUCUUCAGGAGUUGUGUUGGGAGGUGAUGUAUUCACUUUGAUGGUAGAACCUCACGUAGAUCACUCCCUUAUCAUGGGUAUUGUGGUUGUGUAUGGUUUAAUCAAUCAUAAACUGUGACUAGAUCUCCAUUUCUUCUUAAAUGAUGAUUAUGAAAUCUACUUUAAUCUUCAUUUAUUUAUUUGAUUAA